GAAAGGGGCGUGCUGCUGGAGGCAAGCAAGCAUCACGCAGCCAGGCUACCAUUGCUCCAAACCAGCCUCGCCAUUAAUCCUCACCGCCGCUGUCUUGUCUUCCUCCGUACCCGGCCGGGCGCCAGAGACGCACUCCCGUGGUGGUGCAGGGGGGGACCGGCCGGCCGGAUGUGAUCUCCGUGGAUCCCCGGGAGCAGGAAUGAAAGCGACGCGGCCAUAAAGAAAGCGCUCAGCCUCCACGUCGGCCUAUUCAGUGGAGCGGUGACGGUGGAGAUAUGAGGAAUCCUCGGACCGAUUUAGCCUUGACAUUCUUGCUAUUUCUAGAGGUCGUAGAGGCCAAAAAGUACUGCUGGUAUUUUGAAGGCGGGUACCCAAUAUACUUCAUAUGUCGCUCGUACGAGGACUGCUGCGGGACUCGCUGCUGUGUGAGAGCCCUGUCCAUCCAGAGACUCUGGUACUUCUGGGUGCUGCUAAUGAUGGGCGUACUGUUGUGCUGCGGGGCCGGCUAUUUCAUCCGUCGAAGGAUGUACCCCUCGUCCCUGAGAGAUGAGCCUGCCUUCAACGUGUCCUUCACCAGACACCCUGUCAGCUCGCCGGUUUCCCAGCAGCCAGGAAGUAUGCAAGGAUUUGGCGGGAUGACGGCUGGUGACCCGACGCUUGCCAUGAUGCACCCCACGUACCCGCCACAGCCCAGCUCCACUCACAUGAUGGCCACCUACCCCCCACCGCCAUCUUACUGCAACCACCCGCCACCUUCCUAUGAACAAAUUUUCCACAACGGGGGCAAGAAGUAACAUCGGCAAGCACAAAAAGCAGAAGGAAAGCUGUCAUUUGUUUGAACUUUAACUGUUGGCGUGACAACAGUGGCACACGGUUUGUUGUCCUGCAGAAAAGACAACUAAAAUCUUGAUGCACCCUCACACGUUCUUUUGCAUUCACCUCUUAUUUUCUCUUCAUUCAAGUGGACCAGGUGGAUUCACCUUCACCAGCUUCCUUUUGCCUCCCUACUGCACAAUGUAUAACGCCAAUGAAAUGCAACAUGUAAUAAAAAAAUGGGAUAUGA